UUCAUGUAUAUGUAUAUCCAUUUAUAUAUUUACAUUAUACAUGUAUACACAUAUGUAUCUUCAGUUCACGCAGUAUCAUAUGAAUCAAUGUAGAUGUGUAAAUAAUAAAACGCGGUGAAGUGCUGUAACAUAGGAUUUUAAAGAAUUCUACAGAAACAUAGACGUAUUGCAAGGAAAUAGUGGUAUCAAAUGUUUGUCUUCUAACAAAAUUUUCAAAGUAUUUGCAGUAACAGAUACGUAUAAAUAAUUCGUAUGUUAAAUUGUUUGAGAGAAAGAAAGUGAAACAUUAUACGACAUCGUUUAACAUUGAUGUCUUCGUAAUACGCAAACUCUACUAUUUAAAUUAUCGAUUUGUGAGCUUGAAUCUUUACAUUAAAUAAAAAUUUUUUUACACCGGCAACUGAAGAAUAAGUUUCUUUGAAAAGUUAUCGAUAACAAAUGAAAUUGAACGGGAAAUUAUGACUGUGAAAAAUAGGCAUCGCCGAUUAUAUUUUACUCUUAGACACGCCGUUUUUUGACGCAAAACACGUACACCAAAAAAUCUCGAGGUUGUUAAAGUUCUAAAUACUCUUCAUACUGAUUUAGUUGAUGUUAAGAAUAAAAAAAAAAUGAAUGGAUUCAGUACCGGUGAAGAAGAUUCCAGAGGAGCUGCUGAUCAGAUUUGUUGCCUUGUAGAUGAGGGUGAACGAUGUACUCGACCAGCUGGCAACGCUUCUUAUAGCAAACGUAUUCAAAAAACUGUAACUCAACGACGAUUAAAACUUAAUCUGGAUCCUAUAGCACGUCACAUAUAUAUCUGUGACUAUCAUAAGCAAGUGAUACAAUGUGCAAGAUCUAAGCAACAACAGCAACGUAGACGCAAGGAUUCAGAAGAAGAUUCAGGUGAAACAGAUAAUGAUCUCCCUGAAGUUGAUCUUUUCCAAUUACAAGUCGGUACACUAAGGCGAUAUAAAAGGCAUUAUAAAGUUUCUACACGUCCAGGUUUAAAUAAAGCUCAAUUAGCUGAUACUCUUAUGAAGCAUUUUAAGACCAUCCCUGUAAUUGAAAAAGAAGCAUUAAGCUUUUUCAUUUACACAGUAAAAACUAAUGCCAAUAAAUUGGAUCAAAAAAAUGGUUUAAGUAAUGAUACGACAUAGCCUAGGCCUCAUUUCAUGAGUUUUGUUACUGUAAUAACAUUUUAUUAGUAAGAUCAAAAAUAUAUGUAUGGAUUUUUACUUGUUAAUAGGUAUAGGUAUUUUAUAAGAGCUAUGUAUAAAAAAUAUAAUACGUAACAAUAUAACAAUAUAUAAUAAAACAUUGCUUAUUUA